AUGCAAGGCUUCAACAUGGGCCGCUACGUGCCCCCCGAGCACGAGGGCGUCCUCUCCGCCAACCAGGCCUCCGGCAAGGGCUACGCCCUCGGCGCCCGUGCCUCCAAGCUGCGGACUGAGGGCGUCAUAACCGUCCGUUUCGAGAUGCCCUUUGCUGUCUGGUGCGACCACUGUCGGCCCCACCCCCAGAUUAUCGGCCAGGGCGUGCGCUUCAACGCCGAGAAGAAGAAGAUCGGGAAUUACUACUCCAGCCCCAUCUUCUCGUUCCGCAUACGCCAUGCCGUCUGUGGCGGCGUCAUCGAGGUGCGCACCGACCCCAAGAACACAGCGUACGUGGUUGUGUCGGGCGGCCGGAAGAGGGACACGGGUGAGGGCAAGGCGGCAGAUGAGAGCCUGGUGGGGGACGGCCCGCUCAUCACACCGGCGGAGCGCGAGGAGCAGCGCGAGACCGCCUUCUCGAACCUCGAAAAGACCAUCGAGGACCGCGCCGCGCUCGAGAGGGCCAAGGAGAGGAUCGACGAGAUCGGCGAGGUCAGUGCACGGCAGUGGGACGAUCCCUAUGCGAGGAACCAGGCGCUGCGAAAGUCGUUUCGCGUGGGGAGAAAGGCGAGGGAGAAGGAGGCCGAGGCUGCGGAGGACAUCAAGGAACGGCUUGGGCUGGGCAUCGAGCUGUUGCCCGAGACGGAGGAAGAUGCGCGGCGGGCACGGCUGGUGGAGUUUGGUGCGGCGCCCGACCGGGACAGGGAAGAGAGCAGGGCGGAGGGUCGAGUGCUCGCCCAGCCGCUGUUUGGUGGAAACCAGCCGAGGCAGACGGGUACGGCAGCGGCGACGACGACGGCCAGCGCGAACGCGAGUGUGCCACCAAGAAAGCUGCUGAAAUCGGAGCGGGCUGCUUCGAAGAUGAAGCAGUCACUGGUUUCAGAGAUUGUCGGCAACACACGCCUGGCGAGCGACCCCUUCUUGGGGCCGAGGGGCAGGGAGCUGACGAGAUCCACUCCUUCUAUUCAUGGCUUGAAGAGGAAACGGAAUCCCGCCAAGGAAUAUAGCUCUUCACUGGAGGACAGACCGGCUGAGAAGGUGGCUGCCGUGUCUUCUGGUCUUGUGGAUUAUGAUUCAGACUGA